AUGUUAGCAGUUAACGACAGUUCCAUUUGGGAACGGGCUUCCAAAUUUGAUACCAUCUACAGUAGGUUCACUGAACUAAUGUAUAAACAUUGCCUGGCAGUAAAUGAAAUAUUUCUAUACUUUUAUGGUGACCCAAACUAUAGUUCAGAUGAAUCGGCAAAGGCUUCUCUUUAUCGCGUGUAUAAUGUGAUGGUAAGUACCCUCAAUAAGGGCAAUAAGUUGGUAUUUGUGGGGUGUGGCAAAUCCUAUCGCAUAGUUGCAAAAACUGUCUCAACGUACCAGUCAUUAGGGUUAUCUUGUGCGAUAAUUCAUCCUACAGACGCCUUACACGGUGACUUGGGGAUUAUUUCUAAUGGGGAUGCGCUUAUUCUGUGCUCUACCAGCGGGGAAACCGAGGAAAUUCUCAAUCUUGUUAACUAUACUAGGCAUUCAGGUCUCUUUCCAGAUAGUGAGUUUAUCGCUGUGACAGGAUCUGCCGACUGUUCCCUUACUAGAGUCACCAACCACACCCUCCUUAUUCACCAGCCAUCGUACCUGCGCGAACGCGCCGUCCAGCAAGGAUUGAGCGCUCCAUCAAUCUCCACAACGCUAAUGCUCCUUACUCUUGAUUGUCUUGGCAUUGCUAUAACAGACAAAGGCACUAUCGCUUCUCUUCAGGCAAGAAAAGCGGCCUUUGAGCUCAGACAUCCUAGUGGAGGCAUUGGGUUGUCCAUUCGAAACCAGCCAGUGACCCCGGAACAUUCACCAACCGAUCAUAAGGAACAUGAAACGACCACAGCAGAAUACUUCUCCACAGACUCACUUUCGGAGUUCCUUGAGAAGCUGGUAUGCAAUGAUUAUGUUCGUAUAGGCUCAAAGAUUUAUACUACAGUAUACUUGCAACGCUGUUAUGCACGCUGUAAAGAUACGGGUAUCCCAUGGCAAGAAAUGGUUCAAAACCUUCAGCAGUUUGAGGCCUAG